GGCAAAUAGUUUUUCAGUUUUUCAUAUUUUCGCAAGCCACAAAAAGUUAUUAACAAAACGCCGGGCGGUAAUUGCACAGUGCAAAAAACAAAAAAAUUGCCACAGUCUUGCUAUCUCUCGGUGGAACGGUAAAUUGCCAGAAGUGACCAAUAAGGAAAAAGGCGACAAAGCAAAGUGGGAGAAGAAGGUGACGAAAGAAAAUAAGCAAAAACAGCCAAAUAGAGCAAGGAGUGACAUCAAUAAACGAAGCGAAUGUUUAAGUGCGAAACAAUUAAAAUUGUUUGAUUUCAAGUUGCAAAGCGCCGUCGCAAGACUACGAGAAAACUACAGCUGCAUUAGCGUUGCCGCACAUCGCACAUAUCUGCAUCGCGGGAGCCACAACAAAUUGGACAACAAAAUGCCGCCGUUUAAUUUCAUCAAGCAGGAGGUGCGUCCUAAUACCAUACCGGAUCCAAAAGUAGAUGCUACCUUCCGUAGGGUGGCCAAAAAUGCAAUUACCUUUUCCUUGUGGAAAAUCGAUGAGGAUCGCCUGGAGGCCGUGGCCCGUGCACAGUAUGGAACCUUCUACGACAACAGCGCCUACAUAAUAUAUGCAGCCAAUCUGGUGGGGCACUAUGCCAAUCACGAGACCAUCACACGCGAACAGAAGCCCAAUGUGCUGCUGGAACGAUAUAUACACUAUUGGCUGGGCAGAAAUGUCAGCGAAACGAAUCGCUCCAAUGUGAUGCACAAGAUUCAGGAGCUGGACUCGUAUCUGGGCAAUGUGGGGGCCAUCUAUCGCGAGACACAGAACCAUGAGAGUCCGCGUUUCUUGUCAUAUUUCAAGAAGGGAUAUGAUAUUCUUUCGGGAGCGUUGAUCAGCUCUCCACAGCGGCCACGCCUGUAUCAGUUGCGUGCUCGGAAAUGGCUGCGUUCCAUAGAGUUGGACACCAUCGAGUGGUCGCACUUCAACUCGGACUACAUCAUGGUUCUGCAGACAGAGACCACGACAUUCGUGUGGAUCGGACGCUCCAGUUCGGGCAUCGAGCGUCGCGGCGCCUUGUCCUGGGUGCAGGGGCAGACCAGCGGCUGUCCCGUUGUCAUUGUGGAUGAUGGCUACGAGCAGGCCAUGACAGCACCACAGAAGGAGCUGUGGAACACACUGCUGCCGCUGCAGAAGCGAAUGGUCUGCCAGGCCAGUCAGCUGGUCACCGACUACACGGACUACAGCAGCAACAAAUUCCGCAUCUACAAGUGCAAUCUGCGUGGACGCUUGCAUCUGGAUCAGCUCGAUGUGGGCCUGCCGGCCAAGGAUGAUCUGAGCGAUGCCCAUGGGGUCUAUCUAUUGGAUAACUAUGGCCAAAGCAUUUGGCUCUGGGUGGGUGCCCAGGCCCCGCAGGCAGAAGCCCUCUCAGCCAUGGGCAAUGGCCGUGCCUUUGUCAAGAAGAAGUCAUAUCCGGACAAUACUUUGGUGGUCCGCGUCGUGGAGGGCCAUGAGCCGGUCGAGUUUAAGCGUCUGUUUUCCAACUGGUUGAACUUGGGGCAGGAGAACACACGCGGCCACAAGCCCGUGUCCACAAAGUUCGGCAAACUGGAUGCCCAUUCGCUGUGCGAGCGUCCCAAGAUGGCAGCGGACACACAGCUGGUGGACGAUGGCAGGGGAGAGCGUGUGGUGUAUCGCGUGUUGGGAGAUCAGGUGCAGGAGCUGCCUGCCUCAAAGACGGUGGUCUUCACCACCAAUGCCAGUUAUGUGGUCAAGUACAGUGUGCAGUGCGCAACUGUUGUGCCCGCAGAUCUGGCCUCGGUGGGCAUACAGAGCAUAAUCUAUCAGUGGAACGGCUCGGAGGCAUCGGCCGAAUCCAUUGCCACAGCGAAUAAAAUUGCCAUGGUCGCAUUUGAGUCGCUCAAGCAACCCGGAAUGCUGGUCCAACUCUACGAGUUCGAUGAGCCACCGCAUUUCCUGCAGAUCUUCGAUGGCAAGCUCAUCAUCAUGCGGGGACAGCGCAGCGAGAUGCUGUACUGCAACAACAACAACAACGGGGACCUCAAGACGAACGUGAUGCUGGAGACAUUCCUGCUGAAGGUCUACGGAGACGCCAGCUACAAUUCCAAGGCAGUGGAGGAGCAUCCGCUGUCCUCGAUCACCUCCAAAGAUUGCUACGUGAUCAAGACGAGUCAUGUGUGGGUCUGGUGUGGCCAGAGCAGCACUGGGGAUGCGCGCGAGAUGGCCAAGUCGGUGGGUGCUCUCAUGGGCGAGUACACGCUCAUACUCGAGGGCAAGGAGAGCAAAGAGUUCUGGCAAUCGGUGGCCAUGUACUUUAACCAGGCGCUGGUCAUCAAUGGCCAUGCCAAUUCCUGCGGCAGCAGCACCACCAGCAGCAGCAGUGGCGCCGGCAGCAUGUGCAACGGCAGCUCCAACGGUGGCAAUGUCUCACCCACACUGAGCAACAAUUGCUAUCUCAACACGUGCGUGCCGUCAAAGCCGAGACCGCCGGUGCAGCUGUUCCUGGUCUGGUGGCAGCAGAGCUCCUUGCGCUACGAGGAGAUCAUUGGCUUUGAGCAGCAGGAUCUCAGUGCGGAUUGCACCUACAUACUGGACACUGGCACCCUCACGUAUGUCUGGCUGGGUGCCCAGGCGCAGCAGCAAGAAAAAUACACAUCCAUUGCCCAGUGCUAUGUCCAGAAUGCUCCAUUCGGACGUCGCUCGGCCACAGCCUUGGCCGUGGUGCGGCAGUAUCAGGAGCCAAAUGUGUUUAAGGGCUUCUUCGAAUCCUGGCACAAUAACCACGGAAAGAAUUUCCUGUCCUACGAGCAAAUGCGCAAGGAAUUGGGUAGCAGCGCAGCUCCCAGUAAUAUUAGCGCGGUCAAUGGCGCUUCUCCGCUCAUUUUGAACGACAGACAGAAGGAUUUCGAUGGGCAUAAAAAGUAUCCAUUGCCGGUGCUGACUCAGGAGAUGGAUAUGCUGCCAGCCGAGAUCGAUCCGCUCAAGCGAGAGGUGCACCUCACUCACGAUGAUUUUGUUUCUGUUUUCAAAAUGUCUUUCUACGAUUUCGAUGUGCUGCCCAAAUGGAAGAAGACCGAGCUGAAAAAGCAGUACAGAUUAUUUUAAACCAACGUGCCGAUCCGACCGAUUGGGCACUGUACAUAGUCCACAUGAAAAUCCAUUAAUUGUAGAACAUAUUUGAAGCAAUUUAUGUUACAUACUAUACACACUCUACGUAGAAUACAAUACAGAAAACUCUUUGAAUUUCACAAGAA